UCCUCUCUUCUUUUUUUUUUGUCUGCAAAUCCGCUCAAAAAUGACACCAACCACCCAUGGUGUCAUUGCUUAAGCUUCAUGUGCAACUUUUUUCUUCUUUGUGACUGUGACCAUCACCUGUCCUCAUGGCAAAUUAACCUAUCAUGUUUAUUUCAAGCUGUUUCCUGCAUUAUGCCAUUGAGGGCUGUGCACACCCAAGUGAAACAUAAAACAAACACAGGACAGACAGAAAGGUGAGGCAUAGACAGUGUUCUGAGAGAAAAGGUGCAUUUUAUUUGUUUGUACUCUUUAAUUCACACCUUAAAGCCAUUUACAAAACUAAAACCCUUCACAAACACCUAAUACGACAGAAUCCCAACUGGAUCAAUCAUGAAGAUGUCAGGAGGCCACAAGAAGGAUAGAUAAAGCAGAGUGAGAUCCACAGACACUAACCCAGCAACCUCCACUGACUCAGCGACCGGAGGAACACACUCUAUUGAGUUUUGGUAGGUGCCGGUGUGGUGAGUCUGGCAUGCAUGAAAACCUCCACCAAAAGGAGGGAGCUGUCUCCUCCAGCCCAAGGAGGUCCACACCGCCCCCCCGCAGGAGCCACCAAGCGGAGACCCAGCCCAGGAGCCCGGAGCGACCCCCGCCGACACAGCCAGAGCCCCAAGGCCCGCGCAGCAGAACGGGCCAUAGCGGACCCCCAUGGCGCCCCACCGGCCCACAGCCCCACUUCCCCCACGGGAAGUGGGGUCAGUAGAGUAGAGGGGCAAAGAUCAUCAUCGCAUGCAGAGACAUGGAGAAAGCACAGGAGGCGUUGAAAGAAAUCAUCGAAACCUCAGGCAACGACAACGUCAAGUGCAUGAAACUGGACUUGUCUGACAGCAAGUCCAUCAGAGAAUUUGCUGAAGCCUUCAACAGAGAUGAGCCAAAACUCGACAUCCUCAUCAACAACGCUGGUGUGAUGGUUUGUCCUUAUGGGAAAACUGCAGACGGCUUUGAGAUGCAGAUUGGUGUUAAUCACUUUGGUCAUUUCCUGUUGACCUACUUGUUGCUUGACCUGAUUAAAAGAUCGGCACCAGCCAGGAUCAUCACCGUGUCCUCCAUGGCUCACAGUUGGGGCUCCAUCAACCUGGAGGACAUCAACAGCGACAAGAGUUACGACAAGAGCAAAGCUUACUCCCAGAGCAAGCUGGCCAACGUCCUCUUCUCGAGAUCACUGGCUAAACGACUAGAAGGCACUGGUGUGACAACUUACUCUCUCCAUCCUGGGGUUGUUCAGACCGAUCUGUGGCGCCAUCUCUCCGGCCCUCAGCAGUUCAUCAUGAAGAUAGCGAAGCCCUUCACCAAAAACUCCGUCCAGGGAGCUCAGACGACAAUCUACUGCGCCGUGGAACCGUCACUGGCGAAUGAGACCGGUCAAUACUACAGUGACUGUGCUCGUACCAGCAGCUCCUCUGCUGGUAAAGACGACAACCUGGCCCAGAAGCUGUGGGAGCUGAGCUGUCGUAUGCUCAACAUAACAUGGGCCUAAACCAACCUGGAAGGAAAAGAAAACCUUUCGAGUUUCUCUACUAACUGAUGCAUUGAUAUCUGAUUUCACUACUGCUGCGUGCCUGGAAAUAAGGUGCAAAAGACUUAGUAAACUUGCAUUCAGUCAUAUAUUUUUCCAGCUUUUGUUGUAUUUGUACGGCUAGAAGAUCCCCAGCGUGUCCUAGCUUGGGCCUGGGAUCUUGGUGUAUGGAGGUUGCAUGUUCUCCCGGUGUCCUCCCUCAGUCCAAGAACAUAAUCAGGUUAAGUGAUAAUUGUAAAUUACCCGUAGGUGUGAAUGUGAGUGUGACUGUUUGUCUUUAUGUGUGACCCUGUGACAGACUGGUGACCUGUCCAGAGUGUCAGCUGGGAUAGACUCCAGCCCCACUGUGACCCUAAUAAGGAUUAAGUGGUGUGUAGAUGAUGGAUGAAUGUUGUAUAUGUAUAUUUUACAUAACAACCACUAUUAAUCAAUGUCACUGUAUAUUUGAUGUAAAGUUUCUGAUCUUGAUGCAUCCACUUUAUAUAAGCUUAAAUAACUUUCUAUUCAUUUUGAUAAAAACUGGACAAAGGUUUUUUUCCAAUGCAGUUAGUGGAAUACUUUCAGGAUAAACUUGAGUGACUUGGACCACAUUCUUGUCUGUGUCUUAAAGGAUUUUCUGUGUCUGUACUUUCUAACAAUAAACUCACUCUUACACUCCA